AGUGGCCCCAAAUGUGCAAACUUGGAAAUUGGACGACCUUAUCUGAAGUUCUCUCUAGACUCCCAAUUCUCAAGUCUCAGUUAUUGGUCGGCCUCGGCGGGUAAUUCACUGAAAAGCUUUGAAGUUUUCUGCAAGUUCAUAAGAAGAAAGAGAAAGAAAGAGAAACCAUGGCGCGUUUAGCCUCCGACUUCAUCGGCCUUCACACAUUGCGAUUGCGUUUGCGCCCAUCUCUGCAACUUUCUCAAUCAUUGCUGCUCUCCCAAACUUCUUUUAGGUCUCUGCGUAGAAAUAACGCCUCUCGAAGAUUAACUUGUAUGACGAAGACAAACCCAACAGAAACUCAGACGUCGGAAGAGCUGCCUGUUGAACCUGAUUCAGUCAAGAAUAAUGACAGUCAAGCUGCCUCAUCUUCCCAGAGUGCUGGAUUCUCUGAAUUUCCAAACAAAAAUAUCAACAGACAGAUAGCUUUGGCUUCUACAAUUGUAGCUGUAGGGCUUUUCUUGUCAACAAGACUUGAUUUUGGCAAUGUUUCCUUGAAGGACUUAUCGGCAGCAGCCAUACCCUAUGAAGAGGCUCUAUCAAAUGGGAUGCCCACCGUUGUAGAGUUCUAUGCAGAUUGGUGCGAAGUAUGUAGAGAACUUGCUCCGGAUGUCUAUAAAGUUGAGCAGCAGUACAAGGACCGUGUGAAUUUUGUUAUGUUGAACGUUGACAACACAAAGUGGGAGCAGGAGCUUGAUGAAUUUGGUGUUGAGGGUAUCCCACAUUUUGCAUUUCUAGAUAGAAAUGGGAAUGAAGAGGGGAAUGUUGUGGGGAAGCUUCCAAGACAGUAUCUGAUUGAGAAUGUGAAUGCCCUUGCAAAGGGAGAAGCUUCAAUACCUCAUGCUCGGGUCGUGGGACCGUACUCCAGUGCUGAGGCAAGGAAGGUGCACCAAGUUGCUGAUCCUAGAAGCCAUGGUUAGGUGUGACGUCCUAUUAGUAGUAUUACCCAGUACAGGCCGGAGUAUACGUUUGUGGGAAAGGUUCCGGUAUUUGACAAGUUUGUCACUGAUGGGGCUGGCCAACAUCAGAUAAACCAGUUUCCUUUUUAGCCAUUACUCAUUUCUUUUGAACGAAUAAUUAUAAUGGCCUAUUGAUACCUCAAUUUCUGAUCCAUACAAGAAGUUGCUGGAUCUUGUCUGUCUUGAGACAUGGGCAGGAAACAUAUCUCAUUGUGUCAUGAAACUUUCUAUCAUAGAAAGAUAAAAUAUACAGAGUCAUCUUGCUGUGUAAUACAUGUGAAAGUUUAGGUCUCAAUCAAUUAUUCUAUGUGCAGGUUCACACAAUGGUGCCUUUGA